AUGAAAACCCUUGUUCUAAUGUGGGUACUACUUCAAAUGUUGAUCUCCUUUACAGCAUCUGAAACAUACACCCUCAUUAACUCUACCAAUUUAGCAAAGCCCGGUUGCCCCAGCCGAUGCGGAGAUGUAAUUGUUCCCUACCCUUUUGGCAUCGGCAUCAAAUCACAUUGUUCUAUAGGCCCCGGCUUUGAUGUCUAUUGUAACACUUCUUUAGACCCUCCAAAGGCGUCUUUUAGAAGAGCAUCUUACACCUCAAUCAAACUCAUAUCUGAUUCCACACUCCGGACUUCCAAUCUUGUGGCUACAAGAUGCUAUUUACCAAACGGCACAUUUUUAGACGGAGUCAGAAUGUCCUCGAAUCUCACAAAUGGGUCGUACACCUUCUCGGAAGUAAAUAAGUUCACAGUGAUUGGCUGCAAUGAUUAUGCUUGGUUGACUUCAGGAACGAAAUCUAGGAACAUAUAUACAGGUUGUAUGGCGUUUUGCUCAACACUGGAGGAUGUAGRUGACCAGUGUUCAGGAAAUGGGUGUUGUCAAUCAUCCAUACCGAAAGAUAUAAACUACUAUAGAACUCGGGUCAAGCCCAUGUCAUCAGACAACAUGAGCAAUACGAGGACUCUUAAUCCUUGUACACAUGCAUUUGUCGGUGAGGAAAACACAUUCAAGUUCCAUGGUGCAAGAGAUUUGAAGGAUACUUCCUUGGACAAAAAGAUCGAAGCUAAUGUUCCAAUAGUGCUUGAAUGGGCAAUUGGUAAUAUGAGUUGCAUUGACGCCAAAGCAUUGAAUGGUUUCGCUUGCCAAUCAAAUAGCAAGUGUGUUAACUCUACAAGGGAAAGCCGUGGAUACCGUUGCAUCUGUAAUGAGGGCUAUGAAGGAAAUCCCUAUCUCUCUCCUGGCUGCCAAGAUAUCAAUGAGUGUAAAGAUAAGRAGCGUUUUCCAUGCUAUGGAACUUGUGUUAAUGAUGGGGGGAACUACAAAUGCAAAUGUAAGCAAGGGUAUUCUGGUGAUGCCAAGAUUCAAGGUGGUUGUCGUCGCAAUAUUCCAAUUCUCCAACUCUCAUUAGGCUUGGGGAUUGGAUUCCUUGCGAUACUUAUUGGAUUCUCGGUGUUGUACUUCAUGGCCCAGAAAAGGAAGCUAGUUAAGCUAAGAGAAAGUUUCUUCGAACAAAAUGGUGGUGUGCUAUUGCAAGAUAAACUAAAAACCAAGGGUGGUGUUGGUAUCGGUUCCAURAAAAUUUUUCAAGUUGAAGAGCUAGAAGAAGCUACUAAAAAUUAUGCGGAAGAUAUGAUUCUUGGCAAAGGAGGUAAUGGCAUUGUCUACAAGGGAACUCUACCAGAUAAGUGUAUCGUAGCAAUCAAGAAGUCCCAAAGACUGGAUCAAGGACAAAGGGAGCAGUUUAUAAACGAAAUGGUGAUUCUCACACAAAUUAAUCACCAACAUGUUGUGCAACUUUUGGGAUGUUGUUUGGAAACUGAUGUCCCAUUACUAGUUUAUGAAUAUGAAUCUAAUGACACUCUUGAUCGUCAUAUUCAUAAUCAAACAAGUGGCUUGGGAAGAUUAUCAUGGAACAAUCGUCUAAGGAUAGCACAUGAAUCGGCUGGUGCACUCGCUUAUCUUCACACAUAUGCUAGAAUGUCCAUCAUACAUAGAGAUGUGAAAUCAACUAAUAUCUUGUUGGAUGAUAAUUAUACUGCAAAAAUUGCAGAUUUUGGUGCCUCACGGUUAGUCCCCUUGGGUCAUGAUCAAGUCAGUACACUAGUUCAAGGAACUUUGGGGUACUUGGAUCCUGAAUAUUUUCAUACUGGCCAACUAACAGACAARAGUGAUGUGUAUAGCUUCGGAGUCGUUCUUGCAGAACUCUUAACGGGCAAAAAGCCCCUCAGUGUGGAAAGAUGCUUAGAAGAACGGAACCUUGCAACUUACUUUCUGAAGGCAAUGAAGGAAAAUCAAUUGCUUGACAUUCUUGAUCACCAAGUAGUAAAUGAGGCAACUGAUGAGCAGCUAAAAUCAACAUGUGACCUGGCAUGUAGAUGCCUUAACCAAUUAGGUCAGAACCGACCUAGCAUGAAAGAAGUGACCAUGGAGCUUGAAACAUUGAGGAAGUUCAACAAACUUUCUUGGGAUGGCCAAGACAACUACAAUGAGAUGAGUAGCAUAAUGAUUGAAAGUGAACAAGUUGAUCUUUAUACUAUUCCUUUGAUAGCCAAUAGUGAUACUUUUGGCGAAUACAGUUCUAGUACUAUGGGGAUGAAAGACGUAAUGCUCCAAGUACAAAAUCCACGUUGAUGAUUUAGGAAUGAAUAGCUCUUUUACAUGCCAUUAACGUUCUUAUUUCCUGUUUGUUAUUUCAUAUUAUACAUCGUACUUAUACUUAAUAUGUAAAUUCAUGUCAUGUCUAUUAUUAAUAGUUUUUUCUCU